AUGCCUCUCUGGCAAAUCUACCACCCACCCGGCGUCUUCGAAGACGCAGACAGCAAAGCCGCCCUCGCCGCCGACAUCACAAAAAUCUACACCUCAGUCGGUCUACCCGCCUUUUACGUAGUCGUCCACUUCAACACCAUGCAACCCACCAACGUCUACGUAGGCGGCGAGUCCAAAGCCAACACCUCCAAACCCUUUAUCCGCAUAGUGAUCAAGCACAUUGCCAUCCGCCUCAACAACGACACCGAGACAUACAGAAAAACAGCUGGCAUGAUUGAUGCGGCAUUAAAGCCGCAUGUCUAUGACAAAGAUAUGAUGUGCGAGUAUCAUGUUGAAGAGACGGAGAGGAGGUUGUGGAAGUUUGAUGGGAUGAUUCCGCCUGAGCAUAUGAGUGAGGCGCAUAUGGUGUGGGUUAAGGAGAAUAAGCCUGUGGAGUAUGAGGGUGCUUAUUGGUCGCCUGAGAAGGAGCAUUAUUGA